AUGAACCAUGUCCCUCGCCCAGUCCAUCCCCGGCGCCUUCAGCACCGUCGCUCGCGGAAUGGCUGCUUGACUUGCAAACGCCGCAAGGUGCGAUGCAACGAGGAGAAACCGCUGUGCUAUCAUUGCCGUCGUCUGCAUCUCGACUGUCUCUGGAAAGACCUCGAUGUCGACUCUCAGCAACUGUCCCAGUCUGACGCCGGAGAAAAGACACUCGAACAGCCCUCGCCUACAGAAUUCUUCGACUUUACGCAGUCUAUAGACACUAUUCCAGAUAUCUUCCUUCCAGUCUUCAGUGACUUUGCACCCGACCUCAACCUGCAGGACGAAGUGCUGCUAGGCAACCCAUCUCCCUCGCCGUCCGUCGACAUCCACAAUGGAGAGGCUCUGCAAGUCGACAUCCCGCCUAUACUGGAUCCCAUCGAGAAUGGCCCAAAGGGAACAUCGGUGCAAGCCUUGCUGAACAGCCUCGCGCGAUCAUCGUCGAUGGUCCGCCAUUCCAUGGCAGCAUUCGCAGUGGUUCGGGCAUCGCCCAGCGAUACAACGGGGGAUUUCCAAGCGUACUAUGAAAAGGCAGCAAGCCGACUCUCUCAACGAUGCCAGGAGCCAAGUGGAACCAGGAUAGAUGGUGGUGACGAACUCCGAUACUCGCUGGCCACGAUCUUCUUCCUCACAUACGCCGAUCUCCUGACCGGCCGUCUAGAUCUGGCCUACUCGAAUCUGGCCUGGGCACACCGUGCGAUACAGGUGACCGGCACGAGCACCUUGGGCUCCAUAGAGCAGAGAAUCCUGUCCUGGAUCCGUUUACUCGAUGCACGCGCAGCUGCCGCGGGAGGGGAAGGCCUUCUAAUAAACGACACAAUACACUGUCCCCCGACCCCGACUUCGACCUCUGCCGGUUCCACGCCUCGAAUACCAGAUGCCACUCCAGAUUGUGGAUCUCAAGAUGUGAUCUACGACAUGCUCUGCCAGCCCGGAAUCGCAUUCUACCAACAAGUCCAAACAAUUACCGGGCGCAUUACUCGAAUCGCCCACAUCCACCGCAGCCGGGGAAGCGUAGAAGACGAAACGGAGGUCAUGGCCAUCGCGGCAAACAUUCUGCACGACCUAGGGAUAUUAUAUGACCGGCGCCCUGCACUCAUGGAUUACGCUGUGAGUGGGAAUAUCAGUGCGCUGGCCGAACCGCUCGCGUCGGGCAUUAUACGCUCGUUCCAGACGUACCUGGCCAACUUCUACGCCUGUUAUAUACACCUGCAUCGAGUCGCCCAUCGUCAUUUGGCGCGCUCCGCGGCCGUAGACACAGCUCUAGAGAAAAUAAAGGAAAUCCUGCAUCUGAUGGUGGCCAAGAAUGAAUCUAUACCGGUUAACAUGCUGUGGCCGCUGUUUCUCUGGGGGAGUGAAGAAGACGAUCCGGGCGAGUGCCGGUGGAUUUUGACAACAAUUCAAGGUCUGCAUCAUGUAGCCAGUAAUUCCAGUAUGGCCGCCGGGGCAUUGGGCGAGAUCCAGAGGAGGCAGCGCGAGGCAGGAGGGAGGGUUGAUAUCCGGUCUGUAUGUCUCGAGUUGUUCAACACUACGUUUGCAAUUGUCUGA